GAGAGAGCGCUCCUCCUCCUCCGUCUCUUCCCACCACUCAUCCCGAAAAGCCAACGAAAGACGGUCUUCACGUCGGAGUCCUCUUAUAUCUCCGCUCGCAUAAUGGAAACUGAAUUAAAACAGCUGUGACACGCUUUCAGAAAUAACCAAACCUACAUCUUGUAAUUAAACUGCUCUGGAAGAAGCUCGUGUUUCUUCGGAUGGAGAAUUUUGAAUCGCCUUUUAGAGGGUGAAUGAGCUGAUGUCAAGCUGGUUGUGAAGGUGCUGGACUUGUUCCCCCCUGACGCCCCAAGCCGGACACAGCAUGGCGGCAGGAGUAGCGGCAUGGCUUCCCUUUGCCCGGGCAGCAGCGAUCGGCUGGAUGCCUGUUGCCAAUUUGCCCAUGCCAGUGGCUCCCACUGAGAAGAACAAGCGUCAGGAUGAGCUAAUCAUUCUUAAUGUCAGUGGACGGCGCUUCGAGACCUGGAGGAACACGCUAGACCGCUUUCCAGACACCCUACUGGGGAGCUCAGAGAAGGAGUUCUUCUAUAACGAGGAGACCAAAGAGUACUUCUUCGAUCGGGACCCUGACGUGUUCCGCAACGUGCUCAACUUCUACCGCACAGGCAAGCUCCACUAUCCACGCUAUGAGUGCAUCUCCUCCUAUGAGGAGGAGUUGGCUUUCUUUGGCAUCAUCUCAGAGAUCAUCGGUGACUGCUGCUACGAAGAGUUCAAGGAUAGGAAGAGGGAGAAUGCAGAGCGUCUAAUGGAUGACCAGGAGGACAACAAGGACGCUAAGCUGCCCAACAUGACUUUUAGGGAGACCAUGUGGCGGGCUUUCGAGAACCCCCACACUUCCACCAUGGCCCUUGUCUUCUACUACGUCACUGGCUUUUUCAUUGCUGUCUCUGUCAUCACCAAUGUGGUGGAGACGGUGCCUUGCGGCUCGUCGCCCAAUCAGAAGGAAGUGCCGUGUGGUGUACGCUACACCGUGGCGUUUUUCUGCAUGGAUACGGCCUGUGUCAUGAUCUUUACCGUGGAGUACCUGAUGCGCUUGUUUGCUGCGCCAAGCCGCUACCGCUUCAUGAGGUCCGUCAUGAGCAUCAUUGAUGUGGUGGCCAUCUUGCCCUACUACAUCGGCCUGGUGAUGACUGACAACGAGGAUGUGAGUGGCGCUUUUGUGACACUCCGUGUUUUCCGCGUAUUCCGCAUCUUUAAGUUCUCCCGUCACUCGCAGGGCCUGCGCAUCCUGGGCUACACACUGAAGAGCUGUGCCUCGGAGCUGGGCUUCCUGCUUUUCUCCCUCACUAUGGCCAUAAUUAUCUUUGCUACCGUCAUGUUCUACGCAGAGAAGGGUUCAAGCUCCAGCAAAUUCACCAGCAUCCCAGCCUCCUUCUGGUACACCAUCGUUACUAUGACAACGCUCGGAUACGGAGACAUGGUUCCUAAAACGAUUGCAGGGAAGAUCUUUGGCUCAAUCUGCUCUCUGAGUGGUGUGCUGGUAAUUGCUCUGCCUGUCCCUGUCAUCGUGUCCAACUUUAGCCGCAUCUAUCACCAGAACCAGAGAGCAGACAAGCGGCGGGCGCAGAAGGUACAGAAAGCUCGCUUGGCCAGGAUACGAAUAUCCAAGGAAGGAAGCUCCAACGCCUUCCUCCACAGCAAGCGCAAUGGCCUGUUCAACGAAGCUCUGGAGUUCACGCAACUUCCAUACAAGAUGAACCUUUCAAAUCAGAGUUCCACUGAGGAGGAGCAGCGAUUAACCAAGUCCACCUCUCUAUUAGAGAGCCAGCACCACCACCUGCUGCACUGUCUGGAGAAAACCACUAAUCAUGAGUUUGUGGAUGAGCAGUAUUACCAGCAGAGCUACCUGGAGGCAGGGCUGCAAAAUUACCCGUCUCGAAGCCCCUCCCUCUCCAGCCAGGAUGGUGUGACUGGCACGUGCUGCACCCGCCGAAGCAAGAAGCACCACACCCCUUUACCAAAUGCCAGUGGCCCAGCACACAUGCAGCCUUUGACACAUGCGCACACACACCAACAAGGCUUGCAGGAGCUCAGCACCAUCCACAUCCAGCCCCUCACCACCAGCCGCUCCAGUCUGAACAUGCGCGUAGAUGAGCCAGCAUCCAUGAACUGCCAGAGCAGCCAGAUCACCACAGCAAUCAUCAGUAUUCCAACACCGCCAGUGACGACUCCUGAGGGAGAUGCUCAUCUGCCCGCUGGCCCCAUCCACCAGAACGUUGUGAAGGUGUCCGCACUGUGAAGACUAGAGUGCAGGCGCAUCACACAGAAAGACAGAUAAAGACUCAUCGAGACAGACUGAGGGACAGAGGAGGACUGGGAAUGAUGGAGGAGAAGGCAUUCAGAGUCCUAUUCUGGCUGUGGUGGAGCCUGCCCUCUGCUGGUCAUGAACUGUAAUGACAUGGACUCCCUGUACAGACAGAGGAUGGCUUUUAGAUGCAGUGUAUUCAUGUUAGUGGUUGUCACACGUGUGUGCGUGUGUGCGUGUGUGUAUGUGUGUAUGGAUGAAAGAGAAUUUGGUAGGGUGUCGUUUCAGAUGAGGAGGCGUGUGAGAGUGUGCCUCCCAAGUGUGUGAAAUGAGUCCUCAGAGCAAGUCAUGUGUCACUGUGUACAAAGCACAUUUUUAUGAUUUCCGCUUCAGUUUGACUCUUAAGAUCUUUUAUUUAGCAGGAGAUAUAAAGGGAAAAGGAAGAAAUCUUAAAGGGAAAGAAAGAAUAAUACAUUAUCAGAACUUUUUUGUCAACAGAUCUAACCCUACCCUUUUGUGUCAUUUUGGUCCACUCACCUCUUGAUAGAUAAAUAUGCUACCAUUCUUUUUCACAUCCAAUAUCAACCCAGUUGAGUGAAAAUCCUUUAAAAGAUGAAAUAUGGUAGUUGCAUAUUUGUGAAUGAGUGUAUGUGACUUUUUGCUAGAUAGAGGAAUUGUGACGUUUUGGAUAGGAGGUAUGUGCCUGUGAGUAUGUAUGUGUGUGAGAAUGGGUUUGUCUCAGUUGAUUGGAAGCUUAUGUUUCCAUUCUUCUCGAAGUCCCAAUGGCUCAGUAUAUGGCAUAUUUGACUAGCUGCCACUCUGAAGAGUUAGUUGUACACAUUCUGUCAGAAAUUCUCAGCUACAAGCCUUUUACACAAUAUGUGCCUGUUGCUGGAGUAAAAAGAGAUUUAUUUGUGUUUAGUUUUCUGAAUCUCCCCCCCACCACCACCACCACCACCUCCCCAGUCUUUUCCCUUUUGGCUCCUACAGCCAGACAGACCUCAAAUAAACUAAUUCUCUUACAAAUAAACCCAAAAAAGUAGGUUUGAAUUUAAAUCACCACUAUAAAAAGCACAAGGUGUUUCGCUGGGAAUUUCUGACACAAAUCUGUCCUGAGCCUGGGUUCUUUGUGAAUAUUGUUAAUAGAAUAUUUUGUAAUAUUUGACCAUCGUUUGGCAGAACCAGUGAAGCUGUCUUCUCAUUGUCUCUCUUUCUCCCUCAGUCUGUCUUUCGCUCUCGCUCUCUCUCUGUCUCGCUCUCUCUGUCUCUCUCUCUCUCGUUGUUGUCCUGUGGUAUCCCUACCUCCUGUGUGAACAACAGUAUGCUUUCAGUAGUCUUUAUAGCUGUCAAUGUUUUUUCUUCCCCAAACUCAGCGGGCAUUUUUUGAAGUUGUUGAAUGUGUACUCCAUGUGGUUAGGAAACUUGGUGUUUGUACUUUUUGUCCUUCUUGUUGUUUCAAAGGAUUUUAUUUACUUUAUCUUCUGGAGAAUUUAAAGCAGGGAAAUAUGUUGAAACGGUGACCACAAAGACACAAAGGACACCGGAUGAGCCAUCCACAGAUCUCGGUCACCAAAAACAUGUGCAAUUCUGUCUGUUCUGUCAACUCGCAGCACCACCAUGUAACUUUAGUAUUACUUUUCAUCAAAUCCCAUCAAAGUUGACCUUCGUAACUAUGGACGGUGACCUUUUAGCUCUGCUGACCUCCUAGCUGAUGCCUCCCUGUUGGCCUUUGUCAUCUGGAAUGUCAUUUUGACUCCAACAGCUACACAGACAGGUCUGUCUUUACGUGGAUUAGACCACUGCUGGGGUUUCUCCAGUGCUGGGCAGGGGAACUUCAGUCACAGCAGACUAAGCCCCCACUUCUGCUACACGUUGAUGAAAUAAAAUGUGGAGAUCUAGAACAUACGUACAGUGCUAGAGAUGUAAUAAUAUAUCAGCAUACUGUCAAUAUCAGCCAAGAGCAUAUUUCAAAAGCAAUACUGGAAUUGGACUAAUAUUAUGUCUGCCCAUAUGUAGCUGAUGUGAAAGUUUUUUUUUUCCUGUAGAAGUAGACUAACUCUAGCACUGACUAGCAGCAAAAUGUAUAAUGGCCUUUUUUAAAGUUUCUAAUUACCUUAAUAUAGAGACAUCUGAAAUACUUAACCAAUUUUACACUUAUUUGUACUAAGACUUACAACAAAACAUCUUUAUCAUCUUAUCAGCCAAUAUAGCAUAAUGGAUACCAUAUCAGUGCAUCACUACACAAGACCCUAAGGUCCCUUUAGACUUUUGUGAUUUAGUUCCCUCUGAUCCUGAGAUUAGUUCCAACCUACAAAAAAGCCAAAAAUAUUCUACAGAGUUGGAGCAGGAUGUGUUUUACCUCUGAUAUUCCUACCAGAGACCUACUACUAUUGCUGGUAAUGUAGCACUGUACACAGUGACAACAGCUGCCUAGAUCCAGUAGAGUUAAGUCAAACUGUGCGCAAAUUUACCUGGAGUAAAAAAAAAAAAAAAAAAAAAAAAAAAAAA